CUGAAGUGUCGUACACUCAAAUCACCUAUAGGAAUGAGUGUUGAGCGAAUCCAAAGCGGGAGUGAGAGUGAUCAAAAUCGAAAUCGAAAGCAAGAGUGAGAGCGAGCUUACUGACUUCUCAUGGCUUGGCUUACAUUUCUCUUAGAAAACCAAAUUCGGCAAUAUGACAACUACCACACAAAAACGGUUUUCUCCAGUUUGCACACACUUCUCGAAACCAAAGUCUUGACAUGGCUUUCAAUUUUAAUUCUCUAAUAAACGUUUUUCAAACAUUUUUGCUUUUGUCUUAAGUCAAGAUUGAUAUAGUCACUCUUUGUUCCGAAGAAUAGAAAGUGAGUAACGGAUCUUCGGGGGCAAAAUGGGUGCAUCAUGGAAGAAGGGGAAGUCUGAGUACCCAAGAAUCGGAUUAAUCAACUUUUCACGCAUGAGUUGAUGGGAAAAUCUCAGGGAGUCUGGAAACAUUCAGAUCUCAUUGAGCCAACCAGCCAAUCGAUUAUGCUUCAAAUGCAUAGCAAGAAAUAAGUCUUAUUAUUCCGCACUGACUGAGAAUUAUACGACUCUGAAACGUGUGGGCCCAUACCUGGCCGAGAAGAAGGAUAAAGCAGUACACAUCAUCACUUCACCUUACAAAGCAUAUCAUCGCACAACUACUACCAAGAAGAUAUAUUCAAGACAACGAGUUCAAAGUCACUCCAACAUAAAGCAUGACCUAAGGAUCGAGUCAAUCGAAAGGAAAUGACGAUUCCUGGAGGAUGAGCAAUUUAAAGGACCCCAGGUUAAAACACAAAAUAAAAAUCAAAGCGAAAACAAAACAACAUAUUUGCGUACCAAUUGUAAAGAUCAUCGUUUUGUCAUUUUCACUCAACAUUCAUGACUUCACCAGCAUGACAUCAUACAUAAUUAUUUCAAUACCCACUGCAUAACAUCAUCAUACGUCAAGGUGACUUGCUAUGCAUCACGAUCACUUCCUAAAAUUCCUAAAAUAUCUUUCUAAAUGUACGUGAAAACCUUUUUAUGCGAAAUACCACUACGCAUUUACCAAAUGUUAGCUUGAUCUUUAUCGCUAGCACAUUUCUCAUUGUUUGAUUUGAUUCAUAUCACAAACAAUUUGAGUACAAUAUCAUUUACAAAAUUGUUAGUUUGAUCUUUAUCACUAACAUUUCUCAUUGUUUGAUUUGAUUCAUAUCACAAACAAUUUGAGUACAAUAUCAUUUACAAAAUUGUUAGUUUGAUCUUUAUCACUAACAUUUCUCAUUGUUCUAUUUGAUUUCUAUCAUAGACAAUUUGAGUACAAUAUCAUUUACAAAAUUGUUAGUUUGAUCUUUAUCACUGACAUUUUUCUCAUUGUUCUAUUUGAUUUCUAUCAUAGACAAUUUGAGUACAAUAUCAUUUACAAAAUUGUUAGUUUGAUCUUUAUCACUGACAUUUUUCUCAUUGGUCUAUUUGAUUUCUAUCAUAGACAAUUUGAGUACAAUAUCCUUUACAAAAUUGUUAGCUUGAUCUUUAUUGCUAACAGUUUUCUCAUUGUUCUAUUUAAUUUCUAUCAUAGACAAUUUGAGUACAAUAUCAUUUACAAAAUUGUUAGUUUGAUCUUUAUCACUGACACUUUUCUCAUUGUUCUAUUUGAUUUCUAUCAUAGACAAUUUGAGUACAAUAUCAUUUACAAAAUUGUUAGUUUGAUCUUUGUCACUAACAUUUUUCUCAUUGUUCUAUUUGAUUUCUAUCAUAGACAAUUUGAGUACAAUAUCCUUUACAAAAUUGUUAGUUUGAUUUUUAUCAAUAACAUCUUUCUCAUUGUUCUAUUUGAUUUCUAUCAUAGACAAUUUGAGUACAAUAUCCUUUACAAAAUUGUUAGUUUGACUUUUAUCGCUAACACUUUUCUCAUUGUUCUAUUUGAUUUCUAUCAUAGACAAUUUGAGUACAAUAUCCUUUACGAAAUUGUUAGUUUGAUCUUUAUCACUAGCAUAUUCUCAUUGCUUGAUUUGAUUCCUAUCGCAAGCAAUUUGAGUAAAACGUUAUUUACAAGAUUAUUAGCUUGAUCUUUAUCGCUGACACUUUUCUCAUUGUUCUAUUUGAUUUCUAUCAUAGACAAUUUGAGUACAAUGUUAUUUACGAAAUUGUUAGUUUGAUAUUUAUCACUAACAUAUUCCUCAUUGUUCUAUUUGAUUCCUAUUGUAGACACCACAUUUUGUCCGGGCACACACUACACUUAAAAUUCGAAAGAAGAAAAUCGAUAUUGAUAAAUCAAACAAAAACUUCAAAAUAAUCGAUUGAGAUUGCAGUAGCAAGUCAAUUACGUCCAAGUUCACUUAAUGUAAUUCUAAUAUCAAUUUGGUUGAAACUAGCAUCAAUUUGGUAGUCAAUUACGUCCAAGUUCACUUAAUGUAAUUCUAAUAUCAAUUUGGUUGAAACUAGCAUCAAUUUGGUUGAAACUAGCAGUGACAAGUCGGUAAACAUUAGUAAUCACCGAGUUGUUUAGGCUACUAAGAUUGGAUUUGUUAAGAUUAGCAGUAGCAAAUCUUAACAUCAAUUCCAUGUUGAGCUAUAAGUUUGCUUUGGAUUUGGGAAUGGUAGAUGAAUUUUGCAAAAUUGAAUUAAGGCAAAGACUUCAUUAUCAGAUUUACAUUGUACAUAGUAGCAAUGACACCAUAAUAAAGGAUUAAAACUAAUCACAAUAAACUAAUUACAAUAACAACGCUAAACAGAUUCGGUCAACAAAUUGAAGUCAUUGCCCUCCUACUAUGAGCCCAAACGAAUUGUUUACCUGCAAAAUUGAAAAAAAGAGUAAAACAUAUUAGUUUCAGCCCAAAUUAAAAUCAUGAACCUAAUUCAGACCCAUGGCUUUCGGCCCAUACUUGGUCAACAUGACCUAACCCAGUCAAAAGGCCCAAUCACAGAGUCAACUUCGGUCAACUCAGGUCAAUGUACCUUAUCCCAUCCCAAAGGACUAGCCAUCAUUACUGCCAUUUCUUGAAAGGAGUAAAACGGCCACCCCCUCCCUGGAAACCAACUGAAAACUAACAGCAGAAGUGACAGCUGCCUCUUCAAAAUGUGGCAGGCGGCCACCCCCUUGAAAACCAAUGUAAAACUAACACCAAUCCAUCUAUGAACUAAAAACUGCCACCAAUCCUAAAUGAACAGUGAAAAACAGAUAUAAAUAGAAGCUUUACCACAAAGUUCAGGGAGGAGGGAUUGGAGGGGGAAAAAAAGAAAACUACAUUACAGAAGUACACAAACAGUUUGAGCUCAUUUUUCUUUUACACAAAAUUGAUGCAGAAAUUUGUGAAAUUAAGCAGAAGGCCAUUCUUAAGCUAAGAAACUCCAACCAGAUGAGAAGGGAAGAAGAAGGUGGCGGUGGUCGUUGACGAAGGGAGAAGGGUUUCGGGGUUUUGGAAGAGGGAGUUGAGGUGUAGAGAGGCGGCUAGGUUUGAUUUGUUUCUGGAAGAGGAAGAGAGAAGUGGAAGAAUCGAGAGAACAGGAGAGAGAGGAAGAGGGCGGCCGCCGCUGGCCUUAGAUUAGGAUUAGGUUUUUUUUUGUCUCAAGAGAUUGAUUUUAUACACAUAUGCAAACGACGAUUUUGCCCUUAGGGUUUCUAACUAAUUACGUACCCGUGCCACCGUCCUUUUGUGAGCUUACCAAAUUGCCCUUCCCCCCUUCUCUGCUCUAAAACGAGAUAAACAAAAAAUUUGUAGUUAGCGCGUUUCGAACCCUUGUUCCCUCGGUCAAACGCGAAUUUGGUCUGGCGUUUUAGCCAGUUGGGCUGCUAGCCCUCAUGCGUUAAUUUUAUAAUCCCGUAUAGUUUUAUUCAUUUAAAAUCCUUAAUACGAAAUGUAGAAUUGCGGAUUAAGUAUAUCUCGUUUUUUUUUACGUCAUAAUACUUCCUAAUAACUAAAACACUUGCAUUUUUUGUCAUAACCUCAUGAUAAUCUAAAUGAAUUUUUAUUAACAAAAUUAUAAUACGAAAUUCACGAUCAGUGGAACGUGAUUACAAUUAAAUUAUCAAAGUUCAAACGAACUACGUGGACUUCGAUCCCGUCUAACGGGUACGUAGGCAACCUGUAAGGUUCGAGUCCAAUUAAUCAACUAACUUUAUCUUUAAAUUUUUACGUCAGUGGGCGUAUAAUUAAAUUAUAACUAAUACGAUUAAAUCAUUAAAUGGUCCAGUGGGACCCCAAAAAUAUAAAAUAAUUACUAAAAAUACACCCAACGAAUACAAAAACUUAUCAACUUAAGUAGUACCGAUUUAGGGCGUUGUGGGGGUGUUGCUUAACUUCCCCACACGUAACCGUACUCCCGAACCCAGAACUUUAUUUUCGCAGACCAUGCCUCGGUUCUGACACUAAGGUUAGAGCCGACCGAAGAGUGUUCGAUCCACUCAAAGUAAGAUCGAUGGCGACUCCCAAAAACGCCGACGCGACGACAUUCGGACCCCCCCCGGACGGGACGGUUGCGACAGUUGGCGACUCCGCUGGGGACUUCGAGAGUCGAGCUACAUAACUAAGUUCGAUAAGUUUUCUAAUUUUCUAUUACGUGUUGGGUGUUUACUUUCUUAUUUGCGCAAUUAUAUUUUCGCAAUUUAAUUCUGCAUUCAUGCAUAAAAGCUCUAUACCCGAGCUAUCCUAUUAGAAACGGAAAAGGAGUACCGUGACUUUCACAGUAGUGGAAAGCACGCAAAACUUUCCAACCAAGUUGAACUCAGAUCCGAGGUUGAUCUUGAGGUAUCCAGCCAGUUCGUAAGGGCUGUGGCAGGAUACAACUUGGGAGCCAAAUCCCUAGGAAUCCCUCUGCCAGCAUAUAGUAAGCAUAGAGGCCUCCCUAAACCGUCCAAAAUAAUCCUGAGACAACCCUAGCACCACGUCAUUAUGCCCUCUGAAAGCCCUAGGUUUUCCCAAAUAGGGUUAUAUUUUUAUUAUCUAUAUAUGUGUGUUUUCUAACGUGAUAACUUGUGGUAUGUUCUCCCAAGUGCAAUAUAUUUAUUUGUGAGAACAAUGUGAAUUUUCUUUUCUUCUUUGAAAAAAUAGACUCAUAAGCAUCAUUCUCUUUUUGUGUUUUCAUUUAUGCAUUUAAAAUAAAUCAUGAAAACAUUUUCAAAAUGCACGUGCAUCUGUGCAUCGCAUAAGCAUCAUACAUACUCUCCAUCGUUCAUUCAAGUCAAUUUAAUAAAAGUAAUUGGUCAGGGUUCCUUAAAAUUGCUCGUCCACAAGGAAAAAAUCAAGACUUCAAGUACUUAACUAGAUCCAAGCUCGAGGUCUUUAUGGAUGCAUUUCAAAAAGAGUUGAACGACAUCAAAGGAAAGCUGACCGGGUUUGACGAGAAGCUAGUGGGGUUCGAUGAGAAACUAACGGGCUUCGAUGAGAUGAAAAGCCAGCUCAACACAAUAGUGAGCAUAUUGUACAGAAAAGGGAAGGAGGUUGCAACGAACGAGGAAGAAAUCGUAUUUGAUGACGACGAUCACUAUGAGCAACCUCAGGGAAACGUCUCAGGUAGUAAAUUCAUUCUCAUACCUUCGAAGAACACAGGCGAAAAAGGUGAUAUUGGGUCAUCAAAGCAUGACAAAUCCGGAGAACCCGAGAAGCAAGAGGAACAUAAAAUUGAAGCUAUGCUAGAAGAAAAAUUAGAACACUUGAAUGAACGAAUAAGAAGCAUAGAAGGAGUUGAGUCGUACGAGCCUAUGGAUGCAUCAAAACUAUGUCUGGUCCCAGAUGUCGUGAUUCCUCACAAAUUUCAAAUGCCAGAAUUUGAAAGAUACAAUGGCACCACUUGCCCAAAAAGUCAUCUGGUCAUGUACUGUAACAAAAUGGCCAACCAUAUUCGAGAUGAAAGACUAAUGGUACAUUGCUUCCAAAACAGCCUGAGUAGUUCUGCCCUACGAUGGUAUAUGCAACUAGAGAAAACAAAAGUGAGAAGAUGGCAAGACCUCGCAGAUGCAUUCAUGAGGCACUACAAGCAUAACCAGGAUCUGGCUCCAGACCGAGAAGAUCUGAGGAAUAUGGAAAAGAAUGAGAAAGAGUCUUUCAGAGAAUAUGCUCAAAGGUGGAGAGAGAAAGCUGCAGAUGUUCAACCUCCUCUGUCAGAAAAAGAGAUGGUGUCAAUCUUCUUCGGAACACUAAGGGCUCCAUACUACAACAACAUGGUCGGAAUUACCACAACCAACUUUGCGGAUCUGCUUGUAAUCGGAGAGCGAAUAGAAAAGGGUUUGAAGCAAGGUCGGAUGGAAACCCCAGAAGCCUCUAAGAAACCACACCAAGCCCGAAGAGGAGAAGCAGAUGUCCAUUAUGCUCAAACAGAAUUACCCAGAGGAAGAAGGUGGGAUCAUCAACCUCAAGCCAAUCAAGCCCAUCCAUGUGUUGCAAAUGCUGCAAUAAUUAAUCAACGUCCAAAUUUUCCUACUCAACGAGCCAUCCAGAGCCCGACACGAGUCGCACCACCACCAAAUAACCAAAACCAGAAUAAUUAUGAGAGGUUCAGGAAACCCAUCCAAAUCGAUCCUAUCCCUAUCACAUACACUGAACUUUUCCCUCAGCUAAUUCAAAGUAACCUAAUCUCCCCAAUACCAUGUGAACCUAUGAAACCUCCUUAUCCAAAUUGGUACAAAACAGACCAACAUUGUGCUUACCACUCGGGAGUAGCGGGACACUCGACUGAGGACUGCAGAUCGCUCAAGAUCAAGGUCCAACAAAUGAUGAAUACUGGCUGGUUAAAGUUCGAAGAUGAGCCAAAGCGUCCAGAUGUCAACAAUAACCCACUGCCAACUCAUGGGAAUUAGUAGACAUACUACAAGGCAAAGCUCGAUUUAAGGAUGAUGUUGAUCCUACCUAGUAAAUAAAAUAUCGAGAUAAUUUGCCUUAGCAAAAUAUGUAUCACUUCUGCUUUUAUCAUAAUAAAUAAAAGGUCUCUCACGUUUUGACCUCUUUGGAGCAUUGUGUGACCACUAUCAAUCUAAAUUUAAGAGUUUGCAUCAAUGUUUUUAUCAAAAUAACGAAUGCCACUUCGGAUUCUUUUUUUUAAAACAGAUUUAUUUUCUCAAACAUGAAAGCCAUCAAAAUCCAGUUUUAUUUUCAAGCUAAGCCAUGAGAUUUUCAUGCAAAGAAAAUGUGAGCACCCCACUGGUGCUGAGAUUUGGGACACCCCACUGGUGUCGAGCGAUUAUAAACACCAUGCUACCAUCGAUAAAUUUAGCACCCACUGCGUUGAGAGUGUACGUGUUUCGCUAAAAUCAAGGGAUAAACACCCUACUGGUGUCCAUAAAUUAUGUGAGCUAAUAGGAAAAAGAUGUAAUGAGUAUACGACAUCAUGCUACUUGUAGAAUCUCGACACCACUAUAGUCGACUUUCGCCAACGGAUUGACAUUCAGUUUACAAGAAGUCAAAUGGUCAAUCCCGAUGCAUAGGGAGCCAAAACAUUAGCAUCAUACCAAGAAAACCCUCACAAGUGUCUAGUGACAAGAAGACCAGGAAGUUCAGGGAUCCCAUUUAUCAAAACCCAAGAAUCACACGAGUGAAGCACUCAUCUAUACAAACAAGCGCAUGGUAUCAAAAUCCUGACUUCUACAAAACGAAUAGCCAAUUCAACCUAGCUCACGAGAAGUGACACCCACACAAUCAAUCAUCAAAAUGGACUCUCGAUCCUUUCAAUACUCGUCCCACCAAAGACAAGCUCCAGAUUAAGAAAGAAAAAGCAUAGUCGGGGGCAUGACAGAGUCAAGUAAGUCCCACACGCAAAAAAAAAAAAAAAAGCAAAAAAAGACAAAAGAAGAACAAACAAAAUGUCGUGGGACUUACAAUCUGGGUGCCCCCGGUUUAGCAUUUGAAGUACCAAAUACCUGCACCAAGUCAGGGUCUUAGCAGAUCAAUCUCAAGAUACGGCAAGAAGGACCUUCAAACAGUAAACUGUGAUGAUAAGAAAGUCGUUCUAGCCAAAACCCAUCAUCCAAAGUACUCAUCAUUUUGAGAGAAAGCCAGAAGCUGAAAAUCCACAACAUUCAACAUUUAGAGGCCAAACAAGGACCUCGACAAGUCCCAAGCCAGAUUGCAUUUACGAAAAUCACAGCUUCGGCUAGUGAAAAAUACUGGGGGGCAAAUCCAGUUGAAGAAACAUUCUGAGAAAAUCCACCAGUAUUUUCGAACAAGACUUUGUCAGCAAAAUGAUCCAGAUAAUAAGUGAUUCUUAAUCCAUCAAGUCAAUCCCAUACUUUGGGGGCAAAGCAAAAGUCCCUCUUCGAGAGGCUUUAUAGCGAUAAUGUCAAGAUUUCAUACAUUCGUUACCCAUCUGAAUAAACUACAUUUCAAGAACAAGGAGAUUCGUAUCCUCGAGGUCAUAUCGGGCAAAAGCCUCUUUCAUGGGAGACUAAAAAUGUCUGCGACGAAGCCAUAUGGAGGCCUCCUAAAUCAUUCAUGCCAAGGGGUUCCAUAUUUGAGUUAAAUCUUCACAAGGAACACAGUUGGUUACAGCAUAUAGGCGACGUCUCAAGGCGACCAGAAUCUUAAUGGUAGCUGAAGUGUCGUACACUCAAAUCACCUAUAGGAAUGAGUGUUGAGCGAAAUCCAAAGCGGGAGUGAGAGCGAUCAAAGUCAAAAGCAAGAGUGAGAGCGAGGGCUUACUGAUAUUCUCAUGGCUUGGCUUACACUUUUCUUAGAAAACCAAAUUUGGCAAUAUGACAACUACCACACAAAAACGAUUUUUGUCCAGUUUGCACACACUUCUUAAAACCAAAGUCUUGACACGGCUUUCACUUUUAAUUCUCUAAUAAACGCUUUUCAAACAU